AUGUUUGAACGAUGUGCCCUACCAAUUCUCCUCUUCGUUCACAUUUCCCUUUGCGAUCUCUCCCGGCAAGAUCUCGUCGAUUUUCUCCGUUUCAAACAGGAGACCCGGAAUACUUUCGAUUCUCGAGUACAUCAACGAGUGAAACCGAUUGGGACGAUUGCGGGAAAACCAAUUUGGCCGAAAAUCGUGGAUCGAGUCGAGGGCGCCGGCGAGAUUUUCUUCGAUGACGACAAUUUUGCGUACAGAAGUAAUUCGAGAACCGCCGCCGACAUGAUCCGGGAAAUGGAUCGAGAAAAAGAGUACAAAUUUGUCAUUGAACAUCUGAAUCGACUGAUUUCGGCGAAUUCAAUAAAAGACGGAACAAAAUAUUAUGGA